ACUCAUCCGACUCAGACGGCCUUCCUCUCCAGCGUUGACCUUCACACUCACUGCUCUUAUCAGCUGAUGCUCCCUGAGGCCAUCGCCAUCGUGUGUGCUCCUAAACACAACGAUGCUGGUGUGUUCAGGUUAACCGGUUCCGGAAUGUCGGAGGUUUCUGUCUGCAGACUGAAAGGUUUCCAUCCUCACUCCAAGGAGCCUCCUCUCUUCAGUGUGAGAAGCCUCUUCUGUGUGCAAACACGUGGUUUUGAAGGACUCAAAGAUCAGCCUGCUGGACCUCAGGUGACAGACAGGAGGCGCCAUGAUGAGGAAACUGAACGGUGUAUGUGUCAGUUUGUUUUACUGUUUUUAUAAACUGACUUGUUUUUGCUAAUAAAACAUUGCUUGCUGCUGAGUUUUCAGACCAUAUAUAUGAUUUUAUUAAAGUCUUUUUUUGUCUCUUAAAACUUCCUGAUUUCCUUCAGAUGAAAGAAGUGGUGGAUGAAGUUUAGUGAUGAAUAUAGUUGUGAGGGUUGAAGGAUAGAGAUGGAGGAGAUCUUUGAAGAAGUUGUCGUAGUAGUUGACGUGUCCGAAGAACACUUUGUAUUUGAGUAAAUAAAAAGAACCAAUCUGAAAGUAAAA